AUGGGUUGCUGCCAAGCUUCGAGCAUCGUCAAGGAAAUGGAGGUGGCAAUAAAUAAAGACGAGAAUCUAACACAAGGUCCAGAUUUAACUAUAAAGUCCAAUAUAAAUGAUGACAAAGAAGAUAUUAUCAUUGAUGAGGGAACCCUUUUUAGCGACGAUGUAAAUGAAAUAAUAACUUUCAGAACUCAUCGAAAUGAUAUCGACCCUUAUAAUCGUGAGCAAUUGUUUGCUGCUGCGCAAUAUGUAAGCAAAAAUGCUAUUCAUAAACUCUUGGAAAGAAAAAAGGCAGAAAAAAGAAUGCUGAAAUUGAAAACUAUUGAAUUUGACGCAGAAGCAAUGCUGCAAUCAGCAUUUUUAUCUAAAAUUACUGAUCUUUAA